UUGAUCACCGGACAGAAACUUGUGACGUCACUUCCUGACUCUGUUUCCCAUGAUGCUCCGCGCCGCCGCUGAGCCGCAGCAUCAGCUCUGCUGAGAGAAGCGGAGCUCCAAACACAGGAAGACCCGGAGGAGCCGAACCGGAACGGUAGGCGGACAGGACCUCCUCCUCCUGGACGCCCGGGGUCAGAGGUCACGGCUUCAUGUGGGCCCAUCGAAGAUGAAACAACAUGACUUUGGAGGGAGCGAGACGGGGUCCCUGCGGGCCGCCCUCCGCGCUCCGCCAGGGUCAGAGGUCAGCGAGCGCCAGGUGGUUCUGGGUUUGUGUGAAGACCGAUCAGCUGGUUGCCAUGAUGAAGAGCUGGAGAAGGGCGGAGCCAAAAAUCCUGAUAAAUAUGGUGACAGGUGCGAGCACCCGGUGGACAGUGCAGGUCUUCUGUCCUUCAUGACGUUUCAUUGGCUGACUCCUCUGGCGGUGAGCGCCCGCAGAAAAGGACAGCUCUUAUUGGAGGACAUCUGGCCCGUGGCACCACGGGAGCGUUGCCGUGACAACAGCAGGAGGUUGAAGACUCUGUGGGACGAGGAGCGCAGGUCGAAGGGCAGCGAGGCGUCUCUGUGCUCGGCUGUUUGGUUGUUCUGUCGGACCCGUCUCCUCCUCUCCAUCCUCUGUCUCACCGUCACCCAGCUCGCUGGCUUCAGUGGACCGGCCUUUGUGGUGAAGCGUCUCCUGGACUACACCCAGCAGGAGGACUCGGACCCGGUCUACGGGCUGCUGCUGGUUCUGGGGCUCCUCACCAUGGAGCUGAUGCGGUCCUGGUCUCUGGCUCUGACCUGGGCUCUGAACUACAGGACCGGGUGCAGACUGCGAGGAGCCAUCCUCAGCCUGGCCUUCGAGAAGAUCCUGCAGCUGCGCAGCGUCAAGGACAAGUCCGUGGGUCAGCUGGUCAACAUGUGCUCCAGCGACGGGCAGAGGAUGUUCGACGCUGCAGCAGUGGGCAGUCUGUUGGCAGGGGGCCCCCUGCUGGCCGUGCUGGGUGUGGCCUACAACCUGUACAUCCUGGGACCCACGUCCCUCCUGGGGUCUGCUGUCUUCAUCCUCUUCUACCCCACCAUGAUGUUCAGCUCCAGAAUGACGGCGUUCUUCAGGAGGAAAGUUGUAGGUGUCACCGACAGGCGUGUGCAGAAGAUGAACGAGAUCCUCAGCUACAUCAAGUUCAUCAAGAUGUAUGCUUGGGUCAAAGCCUUCUCUCAGGACGUUCAAAGRAUCCGUGGCGAGGAGCGGAGGUUACUGGAGCUCACAGGUUACUUCCAGAGCAUUACGGUGGGCGUGGCUCCAAUCGUGGUCGUCAUUGCUAGCGUGGCAACGUUCUCCACCCACAUGUUGCUGGGAUAUGACCUGACUGCAGCCCAGGCCUUCACUGUGGUGACAGUGUUCAACGCCAUGACCUUCGCCCUGAAAGUGACCCCAUUUUCUGUUAAGUCUCUGUCGGAAGGCUCCGUGGCUGUGGAGAGAUUUAAGAGUCUCUUCUUGUUGCCGGAGGUUGCCAGUCUCCGGGAGUCACCCAGCGACCCUCAGGUAGCCGUGGAGAUGCGAGGUGCAUCUCUGGGGUGGGAGGGGCUUGGACAGAGCACUCAGUCCAGUCCMUACAUCAGAGUAACCAGGAGACACMGACAGAGAGACAAGUGUAGGGACGCAGGUGUCCUUCAGGAUGAGGAGGAACAGGAAGAGGUGACUGGCUCUCUGCUGGGAGGAGCAGAGCAGGUCUUUAGUCCUGAGGAAGAAGAUGUGGAGGAGAAUAGCUGUCCCCCUCUCCUGGCUGUCCCUCCCGUCUCUCAGCAUCUUCAGAGCACCUUGCACUGCAUCGACCUGAGCGUCCAACAGGGGAAGCUGCUGGGUGUGUGUGGGAGUGUCGGAAGUGGAAAAACCUCCCUAAUCUCAGCCAUUCUGGGACAGAUGACGGUGCUGGARGGUACCGUGGCCGUCAGAGGAAGGAUGGCCUACGUGGCUCAGCAGGCAUGGAUCCUGAAUGCAACACUGAGAGACAACAUCCUGUUUGGACAGGAGUACCAGGAGGACAGGUUUCAGUCAGUCCUCAGCGCUUGCUGUCUUCGACCGGACCUGAACCUGCUGCCCAACGCUGACCUCACAGAGAUUGGGGAGCGCGGCGCCAAUCUUAGCGGCGGGCAGCGGCAGCGGAUCAGCCUAGCCCGAGCCCUCUACAGCGACCGGGACGUCUACAUCCUGGACGACCCUCUGAGCGCUCUUGACCCCCGCGUGGCCAACCACAUYUUUCGCAAUGCCAUCAAGAAGCAGCUUUGCAACAAGACCAUCAUCUUCGUCACCCACCAGCUGCAGUACUUGGUGGACUGUGAUGACGUCAUCCUGAUGAAGGAAGGGAGCAUCGUGGAGCAGGGUAACCACGACAGCCUGAUGAAGCUGAAUGGAGACUACGCAGCAAUGUUCAACCACUUCCAGCUGGGAGACUCGCCGUACAUCGAGGUUCCCAGCAGGAAGAACGGCGGUUCUCAGCGAAAACCAGCGGACGCUAAACCAGGAUCCGUGAAGAAGACCACGCCRGUCAUCAAAGACAACGGGGAGGAGCAGCAAUAUGGGGGCGUGGCUUGGCCCGUGUUUCGUGUUUACAUGAAGUCGUGCGGAGGCUCCACCCCCUGCCUGCUUAUCCUGGUGCUGUUUGUUCUGAACGUGGGGAGUUCCGCUUUCUGCCACUGGUGGCUCAGCUACUGGAUCAACCAGGGCAGCGGGAACACCACAGUAAACAUGGGCAACAGCUCGGCCGUGAGCAUCAGCAUGAAGGACAAUCCCAGGAUGCAACAGUACGCCGCCGUCUAUGCCUCCUCCAUGGGCGUCAUGCUGCUCUUCAAACUCCUCAGAGGAAUAGCCUUCGUUAAGGGAACUCUGCGUGCUUCCUCUAAGCUCCAUGACCAACUCUUCCAUAAGAUCAUCCGUUGCCCCAUGAAGUUCUUUGAUACGACCCCAACUGGACGCAUCCUGAACCGUUUCUCCAAGGACAUGGAUGAAGUCGACACCCGUCUGCCCUUCCAGGCAGAGAUGCUCAUCCAGAACGUGAUCCUGGUCUUCUUCUGCCUCGGAGUCAUCAGCUGGGUUUUCCCGUGGUUCCUGGUCGCUGUGGGUCCUCUGGUUCUACUCUUCUCUGUGCUGCACAGCAUCUCAAAGGUCCUCAUUCGAGAGCUGAAGCGUUUGGACAACAUGACCAUGUCCCCCUUCAUGUCCCACAUCACCUCCAGCAUCCAGGGCCUGACUACACUGCAGGCUUACGACAGGGGUCAGGACUUCCUGCACAGAUACCAGUUUUUGCUGGAUCAGAACCAGGCUCCAUUCUACCUGUUCAGCUGUGCGAUGCGUUGGCUGGCGGUGCGUCUAGACGUCAUCAGCGUGGCUCUGAUCAGCACCACGGCCCUCAUGAUGGUCCUGAUGCAUGGGAAGAUCCCCCCUGCCUAUGCUGGGCUCGCCAUCUCCUACGCCGUGCAGCUCACAGGUCUGUUCCAGUUCACGGUCCGUCUGGCCUCUGAGACCGAAGCCCGCUUCACCUCUGUGGAGAGAAUCCACCACUACAUCCAGUCUCUGUCACAGGAGGCCCCGGCCCGGGUCAGAGGUCGCUCCCCGCCUCCUGACUGGCCCCAGCAGGGGCAGCUGGUGUUCAGGGAUGUGGAGAUGAGGUACCAGGAGAACCUCCCUCUGGUUCUGAACAAAAUUUCCUGUACCAUCCGGUCGAAGGAGAAGGUCGGCAUCGUGGGUAGAACCGGGUCAGGGAAGUCCUCUCUGGGCGUGGUCUUGUUCCGGCUGGUUGAGCGCUGCGGAGGCUCUAUCCUGAUCGACGACAUUGACACCAGCGACAUCGGAUUGGCCGACCUGCGUAGCAAGCUGUCCAUCAUCCCGCAGGACCCAGUGCUUUUCAACGGGACAAUCAGGUCCAAUCUGGACCCUCUCAACCAGUACAGUGAAGAGAAGAUCUGGGAUGCUCUGGAGAGGAGCCACAUGAAGGACAGUGUGUCCCAGAUGCCUCAGAGGUUGGAGUCGGAGGUGAUGGAAAAUGGGGAGAACUUUUCAGUGGGAGAAAGGCAGCUUCUGUGUGUGGCCAGAGCUCUGCUGAGACAAUGCAAGGUGCUAGUUUUGGAUGAGGCUACAGCAGCAAUGGAUGCAGAAACAGAUGCUCUGAUCCAGGAGACCAUCAGGACAUCGUUUCAGGACUGCACCACUCUGACCGUCACUCAUCGUCUCCACACUGUCCUAUCCUCUGACCGUAUCAUGGUGCUGAACCAAGGACAGGUGGUGGAGUUUGAUGAGCCAUCCAGGCUGCUGGCCAAUGAAAACUCUCGGUUGUAUUCGAUGCUGGCGGCUGCAGAGAGUAAGAUCUCAGUGCGAGGAUGAGGAUGAAGAUGAAAACUAUGUUGAAGCUGCAGGAGAUGCAGCAAACCAGUAGACGCUCAGAGUCAAAUCUCUGACAACAUCUUGUUGCUUUUUGGCGACAUUUCUCUCUGUUCAAGUGUUUAUGAGAGCUGGUUUGUAAACAGCUGAUUUGUAUUUUUACUGUUUUAUUUUUACUUCCUGAACUGGUUCUGAGGACUCGAUGACCUGGCACCACAUGAUCCGAUGCCCACAAAAAUGAGAGGUGAAGGAUGAAACCUGUGGUUUCCUCUUUGUAAAAAAGUAACAACAGAUGAUCUGAAAGUUUUGAUUUGAUUGAGUUUCUCAUAUUUAUUGUUGUUUACAUAACAACCGUAUGGUUUCAUUUUGUGUUAGUUUGAUAAAAAAUAAGACUCAGCUCCUUGGCCUCCGACAGAAACGUAUCCAGUCACCUGUUUCCUGAAACAUAAUGCUUUUUUUCUUCUUUAUGUGCAUCAAAUAUACAUGUCUGGUUAUGUUUUAUUAUAGAAUGUGAAUAAGACAUUUCUAAAGCUUCUUAGUUUAUAAGAAGUGGAUCUUUUCUGCCUUCAUUUGGACUUCCUUGCCUUUCAGGGGUGUAAAAGUGAGUGCUACCCUCUAGAGGACAAACAGGGUAACUGCACAGGUUCUGACUGAAACUGGCUGUAAAUCCGAUUAAUAUGUGUUUAAUAGAUUUAAGAGGCUGCAGGACUGAUGUGAUGUUUUGUUUUUAAUGUAAUGUAUGAUCAGUGAUAAUCAAACUGUAGUAGCUGCGUUGUGCAGCGGGCAGCAGAGCCUCCAUGUGAAUGUUGUUUACUGUUUGUUUGUUGUGAGAACGCAUGAGCUGCUAUUUGUAAUUUGCACUUUAUGACCAACAGAUGCGUCACUGAGCUCAGACGUACAUUUUUUGAAAAUUUGUGAUUUUUCUUCUUUGUAAAUUUUAGAUUUUGUGAUAAAAGCCUCGUAGAAAUGAAA